AUGGUGAUGAUGGUGUCGGUCUGUGACGACUACUACGACUGUAAAUAUAGAAUCUCUUUCAGCUCAAACUGCUAUUAUGAUUAUGACGCCAUAGAAAAUCCCUGCAAACACAGCCGGAGUGGCAAUAAGUGCCCUGGCGGCGGCGAUGUCCUCGCCCAGCAAGCUGUCGACCGACGCGGUCUAGAGAAGCACGACUUUGGCCGCACGGGGCGCAUGGCUCUCUACGGCGGAGCUAUCUUCGGUCCUGCGGCCACGACCUGGUUCGGCAUUCUCCAGCGUCACGUCGUGCUGAAGGGUACCACCUCUACAACCGUCGCCCGGGUCGCCGCCGACCAGAUGCUGUUUGCGCCCGUCAAUCUCACCUGCUUCCUCUCCUCGAUGGCUAUCAUGGAGGGCAGCGAUCCAGUCGAGAAAUUGCGCAGUGCCUGGCUGCCCAGCUACCAGGCCAAUCUGAUGGUGUGGCCAUUUGUGCAGGGGGCCAACUUUGCCUUUGUGCCCUUGGAACUCCGGGUGUUGGUGGUGAAUGUGGUCAGCUUGGGUGAGUGA